AUGGCCCCCGGGACGCGGUCCUGCCCGGGGACGGGGCUGGCCGAAGUGCCGUCCAGCUCCCCCCGGGGAGACAAAGACCGAAACGCGCCGCCAAGUUUCCGAGUGCAAUCGCAGCGCAGCCGGGGACUCCAGCCAGUCAGCGCCGCCCCACGUCACCGCUUCCUGCUGCCGCCGCCGGGGGCGGGGCGGGGCCGCCGGAGCGGGGAGGGCGCGCCCGGGGCGCCGCGCCCGCCGCCAACCUGGCACCUUUGGGGACAGGGGGUGCCACCACCCAGCUGGUCUGGGGGCGAGAGGGAGGUGCGCGCUGUCGCGAGUGGCCUUUUUUCCCGACCUAAGAUCCGAGAUCCCGGGAGUGGCGCCGCGCGUGACCCUAGACCGGAGGGCGACCAGGAGCUCUCGCCUCGCCCCGGGGCCAAGGAUCCGUCUCACCGCCGCUCAGAGUUCCAAAAGAGCGUCUGGAAACGCCAAGGAGAGAGGAGAGCGGCGCGGGGAGCUGGUGCCCACGGGCCAGCCCCAUUCUCCGGGUCCCCAGGCUGGGUCCCGGGACUGGUUGGUCUCCAGUAUCUGGCUGCUUGGCAGUGGGGCUGCGGGGCGCAGCGCGGCGAAAGGAAAAGGGGGAAGAAGAAGAAAGAAGCUCAGCGGGCACUCAGGGGCAGGUGGCAGCCCAGCAGCCCAGAGGAAUGGAGGAGGCCACUUGAAACCAAGCUGGGCGCCAGAGGCCCGUCUCACCAAGGACAGACCAGACUUGGGCGCUGCUGUGGACACCAGCAAGUGCCUUGGACUCCAGGAGACCUUGUCUUGCCUGUAGCCCCGGUCCAGUUUAAGAACCCAUUGUAGCCCUCGAGUCAAAAAGUUUGCCCACC